GAAGAAUUGCUGCGGCCUCUACAGUCUGCCAGUGAGCUCGCCGACCAUCCGACGCUCAGCAUACCGUACAAAAGCAAAGGCCUUACGCAGAUGGCUGCUGAAGCUUGCGAGAUGCUGCGUCGAGAGCAUGCCCGUCUGUGGAAGGCCAAAAGACUGCUGCAGCGUUUCCGAGGCGACGCGGACUGGGUGCCUUCGCAGACUUUUGAGGCGGAUAGUGACUACAGGCUGCUGCACACCGGCGAGGAAUUCCUCGGCAAGCUGAGCGUUGUCCCGAGCAUUCUUGCUGACCAGCCCAUGCUCGGCCUGGAUCGACCGUUACCGGAGCUCGUGGUCGCCGAUGAUGCUCGCGACCAGCUCGAGCCUUCGGAACCGACUUCACAGGCGAACGGGGUCGUGGUUUCUGAUCACGAGGCCAUGGAAGGUGUGGAGGCGCAGGACAUGGCAGAGGCUAUGACGAAUUCAGUCCAUACGGGUCAGAGCAAUGCUAAUGGCAAUGGCGUGCACGGAGGGAUACGAGAAGGAGCAUUAGCACCUAUCACCAAUGGAGACACCCGCAGCGCAUCGAAUGCCACUCCUCCGAUUGAUCAUCCCGAGAGCAUACCCAAUCCCGCAGUCGCUAACAUCACUGACGCAGAAGCCGGUUCCGAGACGGCUUCGCAAUCCAAUGGAACUGAGAGGCAUGCCAUGACAACUCGCGCGCGAGCACGAUCACCAGCUGGGCCGAGUGAUCGCACUCCCUCGCCCACACCCAGCGACUCUGCUGCGAUGCCCGCCAUGCAUCCGUGGUUCUCAGCACCCGCGGCCGCCCUGACCGAUCGCGAUCUGGGCCUUCCACCGCAAGAAGCAGAAGAGACACGGAAACUCCUACUGCUAUACGUGCAAAAACAAGAGCAGAUUGUGCGCUCAUUGGACGCAUUACACGGGGGACUGCAAAAGGCGGACCGGUUGCGUUCGUUCGUGUACAGAAGUUGCAAGGCAGAAGGCCAUGUCGUAUCUGACGGCAAGGGCAACAUGGUGACAGAGAUGAGUGACGGGGAGGAUUGGUAUGAUACCACGGAUUGGGCACUGCAACCGUGGGAGCUCAAUGAUGGCAAAUUGGAAAAGGGCAAAGAUGAGGUCGAGGACGUUGAGGAAGAACGAGGGAGAAGGCCAGGGCGAGGGAGGAGAGUCAAUAGGAUAUGAGCACAAUCACAAUCUGGCUUUGACGGCCUCAAGAGCCGCAACUAUGCCAGUCCGGAUUUCUUCUACUAUAGCCUCUGCGGGCUGCUCCGAGUGCACGAGGCCAACACCUAAAGUACGUCAGCAUUGUCUGCACCUGGAGUCCGUCGAGACGAGUCUCGCAACUCACCUGUGCCAGCCCAGGUCGCCGCCCUGCCCUGGCCGAUUCCCGGGGCGUACCCAGCACUGUCCGUUUUGGCUGCAUCUGCAUAUCUUCGACGAAUCUCGUCAAUCGGCACACCUUCACUGUGGUCCUGGAAACUCUCAGUGCGAAUACUGCGUCCGUCGUAGGCGUUCGGCCAUAUGUUCUCGCCACGAAGCUCAUCAAAGACCUUUGCACGAACGGUCGUCUGGCCACCAUCCUGUGCAGCCAGAAUUGCAGCCCGAUAGUGCGGAUUGAUCUUCGUUUCCGAUGCGGCAAUGAACCUCGUCCCGAGAACGACGCCUUGCGCUCCCAGCGUGAAGGCAGCAGCAGCGCUUCGUCCUUCUGCUAUCCCCCCUGCUGCGACCAGCGCAAUGUCUGUCCCAGCGAGCGCGUCACUAACUUCUGGGAGCAGCGAGAUAAUUCCAGCGCCCUUCUCCCACCCAUGGCCUCCAGCAUCAAUGCCCUGGACACAUAUUACAUCAGGCCUUGUGUCCUUUGCUAUCUCCAGAGCUCCUGCAACACUGCCUAUCUGCACCCAGAUUUGAGAGUGUGACGUUACUUUGCGAACUUCUUUCGCCCAUUCGGCAUAAUCGCUCAGCUUAUGAGCAGCGAACAGCCAAACUACUGCUGGCUUGUACUUUUCGACAAUUUGUAGCGCACUCUCUCGUUCCGUGACGAAAGAUAGCAGGCCGACGCCGAUAGGCAGAAGACCUUUCUCCGUCCGAUCUAGAGCUUUUUCAACUUUGGAUAGUUCGACUUCAAGGUUCUUCAUGGAGCCAUCAGAGCCAAUUUGGCCCAGACCGCCGGACCUGCUGACUGCGAUCGCGAGUUCCGCCGUGGCAAAGCCUCCCAUCUGAAUUGUGCUGUUUUAGGAACUUGCUCUGCAUAUGGGAAGAUUUUCGCUGAAAGAAGAAAUUCGACUCACGGGCGCAUUGAUUACCAGUGGACUUUUCGUCCAUGGUAACGAGUUUUGC